GCGGGCACUGAGUCGUCUGGCAAGACUGCGGGCACCGAGUCGUCUGGCAAGGCUGCGAGCACCGAGUCGUCUGGCAAGGCUGCGGGCACCGAGUCGUCUGGCAAGGCUGCGGGCACCGAGUCGUCUGGCAAGGCUGCGGGCACCGAGUCGUCUGGCAAGACUGCGGGCACCGAGUCGUCUGGCAAGACUGCGGGCACCGAGUCGUCUGGCAGAACAGCGGGCACCGAGUCAACAGGCACGACAGUGGGCACCGGGUCAUCAGGUAUCGGAUUGUCUGGCUCGACAGCGGGCAUCGGGUCACCAGGCAUCAGGUCAUUUGGCUUGCCAGCGGGCACCGCGUCAUCUGGCAAGGCAGUGGGCACCGGGUCACCAGGUAUGACAGCGGGCUCUGAGUCAAUUGGCACGACAGCGGGCACUGGAUCAGGUACCGGAUCAUCUGGAUCAACAGCGGGCAUCGAGUCAACUGGC